AUGUCGCAUCAUCACUACCAAGGCCAUGACGCCCGCCAGGACCACGAGAACGACGAGGCGGAUUGUUUAGACCACGAGGUUCCUCCUUAUGAUCCAAGCGUUGACUUCUACGUCUUUAUGGGUAUAGCCGCAGAGUGCAGUCUGAAGGAACUGAAAAGGGCGUACCUCAAGCUGUCCAUUGCAAUGCAUCCCGACAAACAGCCUCCGUCGGAAAGAGCUCAAGCCACGGCCAAGUUUCAGCAGCUGGGUUUCAUCUACGACAUUCUGCGAGAUGAAAAUCUUCGUCGAGUAUACGACAGACGACGACGCAAAGCACUCCUCCAACAGCAGCGACUCCGACAACAAGAACAGGAGGAACGAUUGCGGCGAGAGCAACAAGCCGCCGCAGAAAGACAACGACGAGAACAGCAGCAAGCCGCAGCGGAACGGGAGCGCCGUCGUCGUGAACAAGAGCGACAGAAACAAGAAGAACAGAAGCAAGAAUACCACUAUCAUCACCAGAAAUCAACAAACUUCCAGCAUCAACCAAACUUCCAACAACAAUCUACAGCAAGCAGCAGCAGUAACCUUAGGUACCUUCAAUUGCUCAAACUUUACCAACAACAAUUGGGAGAAGCACAGGCGGCCCGCGUGGAACUAAAGACUACCUUGGAACAACUGCAAGCAGAACAACGUCGUCAUGCGGAAACAAAACGAAACGCCGAUGCUGCAGUUCAGUUUCUAGAACAAAUGCAACAACAAGAUCAACACCAACUUCAAGCCUCAUUGGAACGUGGGCGCCGAGAGAAUCAAAUGCUUCGAGAACUAGUGACAACCAUGGAGGCUCAAGCACGCAAUCAUGCCCGGUUCGAGAAUCUCUUGGAAACAUCUCCAUUCGUACUAAAGGGGUGCUACAUUGUUAUCCUCGACGGUCCCGUCGAGAGCGUAUCUCGAAAUGAUAUCAUUGGACAAUUCAAAGAAAUUGUGCGGGCCAGAAGGAAUCUGGCCAGAGAAUGUAGUUGGAAGAGAGACGAACAACGAGGUCGUCUUUUUGGAGUGUGGAGGCAGCAUAAGGAGAAUUCCUUGGGUCGAUGCUUCUUCUACGGUUGGAAUGCGUCCCAAUCGAGGUGCGCGCUUGAAACUGUAUUGUGUUCUUUGAACAUUGGUGCCUCCAUUGCCUCGGACCGAUCCGUCGCCAUGGACCUUGACCGCUACUUGGUCUCAAAGGGCUGGAAAUCUGCUUCUUCCUCCAUACCCAUGGAUACCACAGAGGGAAUCCCCGCGGCUGUUCCAAAACGACGAAAAGUGCUCAGGGCCAGAAGACCACUGUCAAACGCAACAAAUCGAUCUGCCAAGAACGAUCAAACACCUUCCAAGCGACAGAAACUACACGGCGGUGGAUACUCCACCAACACCAAUCAUCAUGAAACUCAAGCCAAGAAAGAGGAUGCUCGGUCAAGUCAGAUCCAAGAGGCAUCCUCGGCCGCUUUUGCAAAGUCUGCCUCUGGCGUGAACAUUUCAAUGUCGCCAUUUUGUGCUCCAGCUGGCAGUGUCCUUCCGGGUGGAAACAACAGUAUCCCACCGGCAAGCCAGGGAGCGACAAACCACAAUCCACAGAGCAACCCAACAACGACGACGACGAAUAAUAAGGCAUGUGAUGACCUUCGGGCUAAUUGCAUCAGGUGCCAGGCAGUGGGUCCGUACGGAUUCUGUUCCGCGCGACACAAGCCAGAGCACAUGAAGCAAGCCUCUCGAGAAGGGCGUGUCUUCUGCAGGAAUGUUGAUGGCAAGCCGUGCUCACUCGGAAAAAGCAAGGGGGACUACUGCAAGAGACACGAAUCUCAGCGACGACGCCGGGAUUGCGUCAGUACUGGUGUCCUGCCAGCUGAUAUAGCCGUCGAGUAG